GCAGCAUGGACCAGAGGAGGGAAACAGGGAGAGAUUGGGCUAAAGGCGGCUGAGGCGGUGGGAGGAGUGAGCCCCGAAUCCUCCCCAGAGCGCAGUGGCGGUGCGGGGCCACAGCAUCAGCAGCCGCAGCAAGGACAACAGGAACCCGACACCGAGCGGGACGCGGGUCCCGACCAGGCCCAGACCAGCUACCGCGACCUGUGGAGCCUGCGUGCCUCGCUUGAGCUGCACGCGGCUGCCUCUGACCAUAGCAGCAGCGGCAACGACCGCGACUCGGUGCGCAGCGGUGACAGCUCGGGCUCGGGGGGCGCGCCACCCGCGUUUCCACCGCCCUCGCCGCCCGCACCACGGCCCAAGGAUGGCGAGGCGCGCCGACUGCUGCAGAUGGACAGCGGCUACGCCAGUAUCGAGGGCCGUGGUGGGGGAGACGAUGCUGAGGCGCUCGCUGUGCCUGUAAGGCCCCGUAGUCCGCGUGCCUGGCCCCGUCGCCCACGCCGAGACUACAGCAUUGAUGAGAAGACUGAUGCACUCUUCCAUGAGUUCCUGCGCCACGACCCUCACUUCGACGACGCGCCACUUGCCACCGCGCGUCACCGCGCACGCGCACACCCGCACGCGCGCAAGCAGUGGCAGCGCGGACGGCAGCACAGCGAUCCUGGCGCACGUGCCGCCCCGACCACAGUCUCGGCUCCAGGCGCGGCCCGCCUACCGCGUGCGCCCUUGCGCCGUGGCGACAGCGUGGAUGGUCCACCCGAGGGCCGUGUGCUUGCCGGCGACGACUCCGCUAUCUCUGUCAUUGAGGAGGAGCCCGGUGGUGGGGGCUGCUCGGGCUCCGGCCUGUGCGUCGAGCCUUCUGGGGCGCUGCUGGACAAGUUGUCGGCCGGCUUCGAAGAGAGACUCUUUCCGCUUCGCCUCGCUGAACCCGUUGCCGUGGCUGCCGCGCUGGUCGCCGCCGCCCCUACGUCCCCAGACCACAGCCCAGUCUAAGCCCCGCGCCCGGAGCUCACCUCUUGGCAGCUUCUCUGACGCUGCGCGGGGACUCAGUGGCGGGAAACACGUGAAGGCGCGGUGUCCUGGCGCUCACGCACUUGGUUACGUACUCUCUAGUGCAUCUCCAGAGCGCACGCACACAGCCCCCUGUGAGCGCCUCGUCGGUUUCCCAAGGUAUCCUGAGGCGCUGGCGCUCCAGAGCCCUGGCUGGGAAGGAGAGAGAAACAGGUCCUCGCCCGGAAGCUCCUCAGGACAGCGCCCUACUGCCCUCAUGGCGUCCCUUAGGCGGAGGCAUUCGCUUCUCAGGCGCGUGCACAGGGCAGGCUAUCGCGAGGCACUUGAGCGUGUCCCCACGGCAGGAGUGCUGGGCCGCCCCGGGUCGGGAGGUUGGCUUGAGGCUCCCGAAGCCGUUUACCUCACCACGGCCUGUGCCUGCGGCAGCCCGCACCCCUUCCUAGCAAUAACCGCGCCCGCCGCUGACUAGGCCUGGACGCACCUCCCGCCGUCCCAGUCGC